AUGGGCGCGGCAGGCUGUGCUAUCUGGCUACCACAGAUACACAAGGACAGCCUUCGCCGGAGAAAGCCCAAAAUGAGGUCAAUGGCUGCUUACCUAGUCCAGCACACGAUUUGCACGAUUGUUAUAUCGCCGGCUCUCUUGAAGUUUAAAUUCGCGGACACAUUCCGCAAGGUGGCCUUGAAAUGCAUGCCGGAGACCGCCUCAAAUGAUAGCUACCACGGGCCGGAAGGCUACCCCAACUACCAGCUCCAAUAG